UCGCAAUUGGUAAUGUGCGUCCACUUAUCGACUUCAGUGGUUGGUGUCGGUUGUUAGCUGUUUUCCGCUUGUGAGUGUCGGUCGGCGCGCAUUUGAAUAUAGAUAGUAUGUUAUUUCAACUUCAAUGAGACAUCACUUUUUCAAAUUAUCCAUGAAAAAGUGUUCGGAAUACAAACAAGUUCACAUUUCUUCGCAUCCCUCACAAAGGAGAAACCAAUAUGAAAAAUGAUGAAGGUGCUUUUUCGACAAGCUCUGGUCCUACUUCUGUUGAUGACAAAUGGUUUUUCAACACCAGUGGUGGAGUACGAUAAAGCUUCCAAGUACGAGGAGUACGAAAUUGAGCACGAAAUUUCAAUGAUGCAUGCGAAAAACUCAGUUUUGAGUAUGGACAUUGACUCGAAAAUGUUCCCGUUCAUCCCACACACUUGUUAUCUUGGGAGUCAGUUGUGCACAACGGUCCUCAGUAACUGCGAAGAGUAUUACAGACUGCGUACCUGCUGUUGUCAAAAAUUGGCACUAAUGAAAUGGAAAAUGAAGUCUAAUUCAAGAAGUAUCAUGAAGGAAGGAACCUCCAUAAUGGCCCCACUGAUUCUAUUGAACUAUUUUAUGUAUAGGUAUUUUACGUAAACUGACCAAAGACAAUUGUAAAUAUUCAAUUAUUAUAAAUAUUUGUUGACAAGAUAAGAUCUUGAAUAAACAGUAUUGUUGUAA